GUUCUUCUUUCUCUCUCUCUUUCUCUCUCUCUCUUUCUCUCCCCUCUCAUAUUUCUGGAGGAGGACGGGAACCUGAGGAAGUGAACAAUAAAAAGAUUGAUAAAGAAGUGUAGAUAAAAAAAUGAAUGGAAGAGAGAAAGAGGAAGAGAAGGGUGAUUAGCCCUCCCUACUGCUCCUGUGGUUGCCAUGCCGGCGGAUGAGGGGAGGAGCAGAUCACUUGAGGGAGGGAGGGAAAGAAGGAAAAAAGGAGGGAGGGACAGAGAGACGGAUGGGCUGGUUCGUGUUUCAGCAGAGUGGUUGGGGUUGGGUGUAAUUCUAACCCUACACAUACACACACAGUUUCAGCACUUCGGCACACACACAGUGUCUCACUCUUGGACUGGACACCAAUAAUAGAAGGAAACCCUGGCCAACACACACUCACAACUCCAGUCUGCUCGUCGGCCCGUGCGUUCACCAGUCCAUCUGUGAGGCAGGUGAGAGAAUCCCUCCCUGCUUUCCUCUCUCGUUUGCAGUGUGGAAGUUGUGAUGGUCCCAUUCAGCGUUUCCUCCACAACAGCCUGGAUCUCGGAGACCUUCUGGGCUCCCGGCGUGUAAAUAUAGCAGAGGAACACGCAUACGCUAAGCAAGACGCCACACACACACACUCACACACACUCACAAACACACACCCUCGCUGUUGCUGCUGAGGAGUCUGGGGAGAAGCAGAGUGGAGCAGUCAGCCGUUGGAGCUUCCAAGCAGUGACGACUUUUCGUGGGGACAACUCGGACAGACGAGACUCGGGUACCAUUGGCCGUGUGUGUGUGUGUGUGUAACUUCAGCAGCCUGGGAAUGGAUGUGGGGAUGCUGAGACCUCAGGACUCUGGGUAGACCGUCAGUCAGCCUGACUGGGAGCGUCAGCUGUGUGUGCAGAUAAACACCAUAAACAACGAUAACAGAUUGUUGGCUGGUUGUUACUGGAUGAUUCCAGCCAAUCAUCACAAAAAAAGACCUUUCCUGCUUCGCCAUACGCCCCUGGGGAUUGCCACAGCCUCUGGUGUGUGUGUGUGUGUGUGUGUGUGUGUGUGUGUGCGCACGCCGUUAAGGAACAGUGAUUUUCCAGAUCGCUGGAUUGUCUAAUUGCCACUUUGGAUUUGGGAAUCACACCCUUGGUUUGGGAGCACAAAGAAGCGAGAGGGAGGAGAGAAGGGUUAUUCUGGUCUAGUGGAUGGAAGAGAGGAGGGAGAGGAGGGCGGAAGUUGGAUAGUCUGACUGGGUCGGCGUGAUGGUCGGUAACGGGGACAAAGGAAAUGAGGAAAGGAGAGAGAGGACUAAACCUGUUCUGCCACGGCCGGUUCCACCCUGAACGCUUUGGAUAACCAGGAACCUUCGGACGGUUUCCUCCGGAGCGGAGAAUAGUUUCUGUCUGCAGCUUCUGCAACCCGUGGAGAUCAUUGACUUCACUGUUUAAACCUGGAACUUCCCCGUUCUCUUCGUUCCUCCACGACAUAAAACUGGCCGCCGAUUUCUUUCCCCCUCGACGGGCCCGUCUUUAAAAAAAAAUCCAACCUGUUUCCCGAUCCUCUCUUCGCGCUCCACUCUUCCUCCGCUUCUGAGUCGAGAUGCGGAGAGAGCGGCGUUCCGGGUCCUUCCGGAAGGAGAAGCCCUCGGGCCUCCCCCGAGCCCUCAGCUGGCUCAGCGUGUCCUCCCUGUCCCGCCAGACCAGGCGCAUCUUCCGCGGCCAGGGAGAGCUGUGCGCCCACGCCCGCUCGCGCUCACACACACACCUGCACCCUGGCGAGGGGCAGCAGGAUGACGAUGAAGACUGGGUGUAUGAGCCCCAGCACCGCACAGCCGUGUCUAACCUGGAUGAGGAGAGCAAGUGGACGGUCCACUACACGGCCCCCUGGCACCAGCAGGAGAACGUCUUCCUCCCUGGCAGCAGACCGCCGUGCGUGGAGGACCUGCACCGCCAGGCCAAGGUCAACCUCAAGACCGCGCUGAGAGAGUGUGACAAGCUGAGAAAGGAUGGUUUCAGGAGCUCCCAGUACUACUCCCAGGGCCCCACCUUCGCUGGGCCUGAGCCCCCCCACGGCGCCCUGCAGGACGACGAGGACGACAACGACAAGAAGUCCACGGCCUCGUCGGCGGAGGACGACAAGUCCCUCUUCUGCAUGACGCCUCAGACCGCCCUGGAAGGGGAGGGGCCCGAGGCUGACGGACAGGUGGUGUGGACCAAGGCCCUGCCCCUUCCCACACCCGAGGAGAAGAUGAGACAGGUGGCCCAGGCCGUGCCCACAGACAUCAUCCCCAUCAACGUCACAGGGGCAACGUUUGACCGGCAGGCCAGCAUCCGCCGCUCCCUUAUUAACACUGACACGAUCUCCCGCCGGCCCAAGAAGGUCAAACGCAGAAAGACUAUUUCAGGGGUGCCCGACAACGUCAACCAGGAACUAGCGGCGAAAGGGAGAGGCGGCGACCUCCGGCCCCAUUCCAUGUUCAUCCCGGGCCAGUACUCGACGCUGGGACGGGUCGGGAGCGUCAACUCCUCGCUCCGCCGCUCCGACACCCGGGAGUCCGGCUGCCAGACCGAGGAGGUGAAGAUCGUCCCUCCGUCCAUGCGGAGGAUCCGCGCUCAGAGAGGACAGGGCAUCGCCGCCCAGAUGGCCGGGAUUUCCACUUCCUCCUCGACAGGAAAUAUGUCCAUCUCCAGCGGGGACAUCUCAGGGGUGCUGGUCCUGCCCCCCCAUCUAAGCGGAGAUGCCCAGAGGUUUCACAGCCUCCCCCGCCCGGGCGCCCGGGUCUCCUUAAGCGCCGACCCCAUCUACAGUAGCACCCCCAUCAGGCCGGAGGUCCACGCUGCAGCCCAGAGGCAGAUUGGCAAGCUCCAGGUGGACGACACCGUGGUCCAUCUGAGGAAUGCCCCCAGGACAGGCACUCUUCCCCGGCCACGGUCCCAGGAGGUGAGGGGGUCCCAGACAGGGGAGUGGGGAGGGGGUCCAGCCUGCAUGGUGUCCCCCCACGCCGCCUACUCCACCUCCGUUAUCCCCAACGCCACCAUGACCUGCUCAGCCGAGGUCAUCACCCUUCGCCACUCCCCCGGCCAGCCCGCCCAGUCCCCCAGCCCCAGGCCUCUCAGCCUGGCCUCCAACGCUGACUCUCUGGCCACCUGCCCAGUCCUCGCCCCCACCACCCCCAGCGAAUCAGGACGCUCCGACAGCAGCGUGCACAGCGCCAGCACCGUUGCGGCCACACCUCCGCCCCCGGCCGACGACCAGUGGAUCUACGACACGCCUGAGAACGUGCUCACGCCUCGCCGGCCUUUGACCUCCAGCUGCUCCACCCCCAUCAACCACCUGUACAGUAGCUUGGAGCGCUCGUCUCGUACCACCACAACCACCGACUCCAGCUCCCUCUACUCCCAGGACAACGACGGCUACUACACCUCCAUGCACCUGGACUCCGGCCUGCGCUCGCGGAACCACGGCAGCGGCCAGGGUCACGGGCUCGCCGGCGGCCGGGCUAGCAGACACAGCAUGUACGAGUGCCGCGAGCUAGCCCACCAGGACGAGGGAGGCAGCCUGUACAGCGACCGCUCGCUCUCCCGCAGCAUCUCCCUGCGCAAGGCCAAGAAGCCGCCGCUGCCCCCGGCCCGCACCGACUCCCUCAGGCGCAAGCCGGGCGGCAAGAAGCCACUGGGCGCCGUCAGCGCCAUUAGCGGAGUUGGCGCGGGAACGAACAGCGCGGUGCUGAACGAGACGCUAAUCGCCAGCCUGCAGCAGAGCCUCCAAAUGGGGCUCCGGGGGGGGAAGGGCAAGGGAGCGUCCCCCUCGCACAGCCCCUGCAGUGACUACGACGACCCCUGGGUGCUCCGCCCGCGGAGCCAGAGCAGCGUGAGCGUGGCCAGCUCGGCAGCCUCGCUAGCGUUUAACGCGAACGGGGCCGCGGUGGCUAGCGUCUACUCCCUCUGCCACGUGACGCCAGCCCAGAGCGACACAAGCAGCCUGCGCUCCGACUACGCCGAGUCCUGGAUGUACUACAUGGACUACCCCCGCAACCAUGGAGAGCAGGGGCCGCACUCCCCCUCCAGGCACGCGUCCGCGGCGGCAAACAGCGCCCACCCGGGGGCUCUUCAGAACGGAGGCGUGGGGCUCCACAACCACAGCAGCAGCCAGGGCUCAGCCGCUCCAGGCCAGGAGGGAGGGGUGGCGGUCAAGCCCAAAACCGCCACCUCGUCCCCGGACCGGGUUCACAGGCUGACCUCGCCCUCCAGCGGCUACUCCAGCCAGUCCAACACCCCCACAGCAGGCACGCCCGUGCCCUCCUUCAUGAGGUCCACGUCCCCGUCCGGCGGGCGGCCCAAGCCCAAAGUGCCUGAGCGCAAGUCCUCGCUCCUCUCCUCCGUGUCCAUCUCCUCCUCCUCCACCUCGCUCUCCUCCAACGCCUCCGACUCUCUCAAGAGCCCCGGCCCGGCCCCCCCACCCCCUCCGCCCCUGCCACUCUCCUCCGCACCCCAGACCCCCAUCUCCACGCCCCCCCCUUUCCCCCCCCCUCUCCCCCCUUACUGUAGCCCCGGCUCCCCCCCUCUGCCCCCCGCGCCUCCGCUGCCCACGACCCCCGAAGGCACCCCGAUGAGCCCCCCUCCCUACUCCACGUCUCCAGACUUCCCUCCCCCUCCCCCCCCAGAGUCCCUUGUGCGCCCGAGCAUCUCCUUCAAUGGCUGUCCCCCCAACCAGCCCCCGCCACCGCCUCCCUUCCCCUCCCUGGCCCUGUGCCCUCCUCCCCCUCCUCCCCUGGCCCCAGCUCCAGCUGCACCCACCGCCACCCCCUUCAGCCUGAAAGCAGCGAAGGAUGCUCUCAGACCUGCCAGACCGGCCAGCCCCGCCGGCGCCACCAGCCCCGUCAAGGAGGCCGGCCAGCCCUCCAAGCCCCUGGUCACCCCCUUCGCCCUUCAGAGUGUCCAGCUGCGCUCAGUCAGGAAGCCAGAGCAGCUGGUCAGCAGCCCAGAUCAGCCCAGCGCUGAGGGGGCAGGAGGGGAGAACAUCUGGACCCAAAAGCCCCCGACUCCAGAGAAGUGUAGGAGGCCACAGCUGCCCUCUGUCCUCCCCCUGCUCAACUGUUCUUCUCCAGAAGAAAACACCCACAGGUCGGUGUCCGCGUCUCCUGUCACGGAGCUCUUUGAGGAGCUGUCCCUGAACCGCAGUAACACCGAGGUGCAGCCAGAGGACGCUACCCUCAAUGGUAAACACCAGGAACCCAGUCACUGCCUCUCAAAUGGCACGAGCGACGACCAGGACAGCCAGCAGCCCCGUUUCCAGAGCCCUCCGGAGACCCCCAAAAGCUCCCCGGCAAAACAGAAGCCCCCCGCCAUCUCCAAGAAACCCAAAUUCUCCCCGCUUGGCCCCCUACUGGCUCCCCAGCCUGUUCCUAAGGAGAGUCCCAUUGACACCCCCAGCACAGGAAGCCUUCUGGAGGGGACCCGCACCCCUUCUCCCAUAAUAGGGGACCAGGUAGAUGCUGGAGAGAGACAAAAAGAGGAAAAAACAAAGGGAAGUGAGGCAGGGGAAAGGGUGGAGGAGGAGGAGGAGGAGGAAGAGGAGGAAGACAAUGAGAAAGAGGAGGAUCAAACCUCUGGGAGUUCAGAGGCUCUGACAGAGAACAGUGAUCCUACGGAGCCGCAGGAAGAGUCCCAGUCCCAGGACUUCCUUCCCCAGGAGACGAGCUCCGACCAGGGGCAUGGAGACGACACAAAUGCUGGAGGGGAGGAGGAGGAGGAGAGGGAGGAGGACGAGGAGGAGGACGAGGACUGCGCCAGCAGCACCACAGGGUCGGUCAGCUCCAAGGAUGAUGACAACGGUGAAGUGUUUGACCCCAGGACGGCUGACUCUCCACUGGCCCCCACCACGAACGGGGUCCGCCCGGGGGACAUGGUGACCCCCACACGCCCGCGCACCACUGAGGACCUCUUUGCUGCCAUCCACAGGUCCAAAAGGAAGGUUUUGGGUCGUAAGGAGUCGUCAGAGGACGACAAGUCCCAGGGCCACAGCCCGUCGCCCCCCGUCACCCCCACGGGGAUGACCUCCCCCAGCCUGGCGGCCUCCCUCCCCCGCCCGUCGGGCUCCAUCCAGAGGAACCUGCGCAAGUCGGCCACCAGCAGCGACACGUUCAAGGCCCUGCUCCUGAAGAAGGGCAGCCGCUCCGAGACCAGCUUCCGCAUGUCCGCCGCCGAGAUGCUGCGCUCCACCGACCCCCGCUUCCAGCGCACGCGCUCCGAGUCCUCUCUGGACCCGCCCUCCUCGCCCACCGGCCCGCUCAGCCCCUGCUCCUCGCCGGGCCACGGCAAAAGGGCCGCGGAGGAGUGGAACCGCGGCGAGGGCCUCGCCCUCUCCGCGCCCUCGUCCCCUUCCUCGCCCAUGUCCUUCGGCGGGAUGAGGUACGGACGCUCGCGCACGCCGCCCUCUGCCGCCAGCAGCAAGUACAACGCCCGCAACCGCCUCCUCAGCAGCCCCAUGACGGUGAUCUGCGAGCGCGAGGGCGAGCUGGCCGAGAGCGAGUACGCAGACAGUCCGGCCUGCCGGCUCAGCCCCCUGCUGCACAACUCCUACAACGGCACUUUAUCGGAGGAGGGCAGCAGUUAGAGGGCAGGCCCACCGCCGCCCCACAUCUGGGGAUCUGAACUCAUUCGCUGUCGAGUGGGAGGGGGAGGAGCCGAAAGCGGGGGGGGCCUCUCCUCAGACUGUGAAGCCCUUGCGCCCGCCCCGCCUGGUUCCAAGUCCAGUUGGGUUCUGGACCCGUGGACGCAGACCUUGGAGGCUCGGGAGCCCUCAGAAACUGGGCCGGGGCUGGACUCAAGUCUGAAGUGGAGGCCAGUUCACCUGCAGCUUUUUUCCACUACUUUUUCUUUCCGUUGGGGUCUCUACAAUUUCAUUUCUGCUUCUUUUCGUCACUCUUUUGUGUUACAAACAGUAAUCGUAGACCUUCUCCAAAGCCUGGGGUUCUUGGUUUGUUUUCACCUUUUGAUUUUGUUCUCCUGUUAGAGAUGUGGUGGUUCUGCUGAGUGAAUGCAGGUGGUCCUUUAGGUUUUAGAAGGUUUCUCCAAGGACUGGGACAAAGCGAAAGUGAAAUGAAGGACUUUUAUUUUUUCGCUGCAGUGGUGCUCCUAGCUUGGCAGUCUGACAGAGUGGUCAGUUAUUUGAAAGUGUACUAAGGGGCUUGCUGUAAAAAAAAGCCUUGUAGUUCUGCUCAUUGCUUCUCUCUGCUUAGUUCUAGAGUGUUCUAGAACACCGUGGCUUGCCAGUCUACUGUAGAAGGUAGAAGAUUUUAAAAAACACUGGGCGGAACGCAAUGGUACAUCAGCAAGGGUUCCAGGAAACUGCUCCAGCUACAGUCCUCAUCAGGUUUCAAAACGUUGAAGUUAGUGGUUAAGUUUGCAGGUCUGCAGUUCUUCAGUGGUCAAGGGAAAGUGCAGAGGGGCUAAGAGUGGCAGUGGGGGUGGACAGGUGAAGGCAUACAAGGACAGGCCUACAUUGACAUAGACAAACGUUGCAUUUUCAGUGAAGGUUUGGAAGACCUUUGGUGUUUGAAUUUUUAGUUUGUAGAUUUUGCACUGUCUAUUUGUGUUUUUCUUUCUCUGUUUGUUGUGAUAUUUUAAAAACCACGUGUUAGAAAUUGUUUUAUUAAGGCUGUCUUAAGUCAACCAUUUGGAAAUUAAGAAGGAAUCUUAAAAAGUAAACAGAAAAUAUAUUUGUUUAUUUGCUGUCCUGUUUUGUUUGUGAUCAUUGUGGUUACCAAAGAAUUUAACCAUUAAAUGUAGCCUGAUAUCCUGAAAUGGACACAAUC